AUGCCCACGAUCUUUCUGCUCGACACGUCCGCCUCCCUGGGGCAGGUGGCCACCAGGAACCAAACGCGCAAAGAACUUGUGCAGCUCGCGGUGAUGCACUUCCUGAAAUACCUGGAGGACAACCACCCGAUGGAGGUGGUGGGCCUCGUGGCUCUCGGCCCCACCGACGUCGGCCAACCGCUGGCGGUGCCCCUCACCCGCGACUACGGCGACAUCCGCAAGGCCCUGUACUCGAUUGAGCUGUGCGGCAGCGAUGCCACGGACGCCGACGCCGGGCUGACCGAAGCCCUGCGGCAGAUCUACGUCCGGUUCGGCGCCGACAUGGCGCCCACCCAAAUCAUCUUCAUCACCGACGCCCUGCACCACUCUGCCGACGCCAGCGAUGGAAAGGUGGACAUGGAGCUGCCCAGUUCGGUGAAGCUGCACGUGGUGGCCCUGGGCUCGGGCCGACCACAGGUCGAGCGGCUUGGCGACGGCGCCUCCGAGCUGCGCAAGCGACAGAAGACGGCCGCGGCCGGCGAUGGCCAGAACCAGAACCAGCAGGGCAGCGGCAUGCUCCGCAAGUACCAGAAGCUGGCCACGCUCCAGGGCGGCGGCUUCCAUCUCAUCGAGCCCCCACACUCCGCGCCCCAGCUCAAGCAGGCCUUCGACAGCCUCGCCCGCACACACUAUGGGCUGUACGAUGGGCAGCUCACGCUGGGCCACUUUGCGCGCCGUAUCACCCUCUAUCCCAACCCCAACCUCUCCUUCUUCCAACACAACAUUCUGCCGCGAUCGUUUCCGGGUCUGCUGCCGCUGAUCGGGUUCAUGGCGGCCGCGAAGCUGCCCAGCCCGCCCUCGCUCUCCACCCACGCCAUCAUCCCGCUUCCGUCCCAGGCCAGCCUCGACCAAGGCACGCCUCGGCUGGGAAUUACGGAGGACGAUCUGGCUUUGUGCCUCAUGCUCAACGCGUGUCUCAAGAGCGAGAAGAAGGUGGGCGUCGUGCAGCUGGGCCAUCGAUGGUUCGGCCUCAUCAGCUCCAUGAACGAGGGCACCACCGACUGUCUGGUGCUGCACGUGCUGUCGCCCAAACUGCCACUGUACGACUUGAUGGCCUGGACCGAGAGCACGCCGCCCGCGCUCAUCUCCACGAUGGCCCCGCCCUACUCGCCCUUCGCCACCGCCUUCCCCAUCAAGAAGCAAACCACACACGCGAAGAGCUACGCGAUCGGGAAGGGCGUGUACUCGAUUCCGUCCAUCUCGCCCGACGUCCUGCAGAGCGACUGCCAGAAGGUCCUCCGUUGCGUGGCGGGGCUGCCGCAGAAGAAAGACCUCCUCUACUCCGAGUGCCAAAAGAUGCGGCAAACGGCGCACACGUACCACUUCCCGGAUCUGGUCGAGCGGCUGAUCGGCCUCCUCGAAGAAGAACUCGGGGGCCAGAAGGAAAAGAGCGAAGGGGUGCUGAUCGUGCGGGACAUCGUGCACCAGCUGCGCAACAACGCGCCACACGAGGCCCUCACCCCACGCGACAGCUACAAGCACCAACGCAACCCAUCGACCCCGCCAUCCUCCUCCUCUUCUUCGUCGUCGUCGUCUUCCUCCACGCCCAAGAAGUCAGCCAUGAGCCUGGCCAACCUCCUCAACUAA